CUUAGAGGAUAGAGGCUUAGUUGGUCCUCAGCGUAGAAAAACCGCAGGUUGUCUUAGAGGGAACCUUUGAAACAACCUGGACUGUGGAAUGAUUCUAUUUAUACUCUCUUUAGGUCACCAGCCGCUGUAUGAUUUGUAGGAAACAGAAUUUCUACUGGCCUCAAUGUAUUAACGGAGUAGCUCAAGGGAAGUACUGUUGACUGAGACCUGUUAGUUGUUUUUUUUAAUCAACAUUUUGCUAGUGCUUUUUUAAAAAUCUGAAUCAACACUUGGUAAAAUGAAGGACCGACUGGCCCAGCUGAAGGAGAAAAGUGAUCCUGGUGGAGAUGACAUUCAGGUUCCUGUGGAAAAUGAGGCUUUCAUGGACGACUUCUUUGCUCAAAUUGAAGAUAUACGCACCAGCAUCGACAAAAUCGAUGAGAGUGUGACAGAAAUAAAAAAGCUCUACUCCACCAUCUUGUCAGCCCCCACUUCUGAUCAAAAAACACAGGAUGAUGUUGAAACCCUCACCAAUGAGAUAAAGAAGUCAGCCAACAAUGCAAGAAACAAGCUGAAGAGUAUUGAACGGCAGCUUGAGUCAAACACAGAUGAAAGGGCCUCAGCAGACCUCAGGAUACGCAAGUCACAGCAUGCAAUUCUGGCUAAAAAGUUUGUUGAAGUCAUGACAAAGUACAACGAGGCUCAAAUGGACUUCAGGGAUAAGAGCAAAGGACGAAUUGCCCGACAGCUUGAGAUCACGGGGAAAAAAACUACUGAUGAGGAAUUGGAGGAGAUGCUGGAGGGAGGAAAUUCUGCUGUCUUCAGUGCCGGGAUCACAGAGUCCAAGAUCAACCAGCAGGCCCUGAAUGAGAUCGAGGCUCGUCAUAAAGACAUCAUGAGGUUGGAAAGCAGCAUUAAGGAGCUCCAUGACAUGUUUGUUGAUAUUGCCAUGCUGGUGGAGAACCAGGGUGGAAUGAUUGACAGAAUUGAAAGCAACAUGGACCAGUCGGUGGGGUUCGUGGAGAGGGCAGUGGCUGACACCAAGAAGGCUGCCAAGUACCAACAGGAAGCCCGCAGGAAACAAAUGAUGAUCUUCUGCUGCUGUGCGAUUCUGGCCAUCAUCUUUGGCUCGUUUGUCUACAGCUUCUUCAAGUAGACAACGUGUCUGAGGCCACUGUUUGGCCAAGUUUGACACACAGGAUGAAACAGAAAACAGCUGUUGAAAUGUUGCCAUGGACUUUGCUCAGUAUUGUUUGAAUUUGAAUCAAGAUAGGAAGAAGCAAAAAACUGUUAAAAAAAAAGAAAAAGAAAAGAAAAGAAGGAAAAACAAAACGUGUACAUUCAAUCGUGAUUGUUUUUGUAAUUUUCAAGUAUAAUUCCAAACAAGGUCAAAAUGUUAAGUCUCACGCUUUUGGUCUCAGUGCAGUGUGGGCAUCCAUAGUUAUAUCUAAAUGGAGCUAAACUCGGAGAAAAAACUCAUCUCUGCUGAAACCUAGUUACAAAUCAAAUAUAAAAGUUUAGUUUGGUGGACAGGGAGUAGGAGGGGAGGGGGCUGAGUAAGUCUUCAGCACUAUUGUAUGAAAAUUAGUCAGUUUCUACUGAUUUUGACACAAAUGUUUAUGUUAAAAUACUUUUUUUUAGUGUUGAAUAUAAAAAUGCUGCAAUAACCUUAUGGUAUAAGUCUGCUUUUCCUUAAAUGAAUACUUUGAUGAAGCAGCCUUUAAUUUCACUUCAGUUCAAUGCACUAAAAUCUUGAAAGCAAAGGGAAAAAAUAGGUUAACAUAUAGAGGGGUGAUAUUUGCAUAGAGUUAAAAUCCUGCGAGACAACAGUGGGUGUUAUGAAGCCAAACUGCAACCCCAGUUAUAUUACUGCAUCAUUACUGCCAUGAACAACAUGGAGUUUGUAUCAGAUGUAAUGAGACAGCUGUUCUUCAUUUGUCAUUAGUCCAGUUUGUGCUGGGGUUUGGAAACAUACUGUACAAAGACUCAUGCUAUUCGCUGCAGUUAAUGAAAUAAUUCCCACGAGAUGGGAAACAACUCUUUAAAGCAAGUUUUUUUUAGGUUGUUUAAUGUAACCACUUUGUGGGUGAGUGAAAGUUUAAUGUGUGACAUGAAAAUAGAUUUUAAUUUAGAUAGUGAUAUAGAUCUAAUAUUCCUUGUUUUUUUUUUAGACUACUGUGAUAUUGCCUUGAGGCUCUUUUUUUACUACUGUAGGUUCUUUUCUGUCUUUUUUUUUUAUAUAACAAAGCCAUGUAAAUGACAUCAUUUGUAUAUAUAUUUGACAGUGCUUAACACUGCUAAGUUCUGAAUGUUUAUGACAGCCCAUGUCAGCAGUGAUGAUUGACCUGUUCAUAUUAAGAUCUGACCAUUUUGAGCUGCAUGUGACAUGUUACAGAGAAGCUUCUGCUAAGCUUUUCUGCCGUGUUAAAUAAGCCUUAAUGGACUGGCAACCUGUUCAGGGGUUUAAGCCUAUUCUCCGCAACAACCUGGUUAAAAAAAACAUCAGAUUGUUUAAUGUGAAAUGCACACAUUAGUGAAGCUGCUUGGGCAUUAUCCAGCAUUCAUCUAAGGUCUAAUUAACAUUGGUUGCUUAAUACUUCUGUUGUUACUGAAGUAUUGUUAGCUGUUGCAAUGAACAGACUGUAGUUUUGUGUCCUUGUUAAGCUGUAUGAGUGUGUGUCAGUGUAGGAGGAUAAACUAACAUUUAUUAGUUUCACUUUUAUAGAUUUGUCCAUUUUGUUGGCAAAUAAAAAGAUACGCCAGCCA